AUGUUGCCCAUCAUACUCUCUUUUGCCUUGACGGCGCCUCCUCUCGCCGCUGCUCUCGCGUCAGGCGAGAGCCCGGGGGCAGCGCGAGGGGUGGGCUUCCUCCGAGCCGAACUCACAGCCCGCGUCGACCCUCCGGCUCUGCGCCCAGGCAAACGGCAGGUUGUAGGUAGCCUAGGACAGACGCGCACUGUCUACACGAUUGACCUGCAGAUCGGAACGCCGCCGCAGGCCAUCACUGUGGCGGUUGACACCGGUUCCCCAGACACGUGGGUCAACCCCGUCUGCGCGACGGCCGGUUCGCCGGGCUUGAUGACGGCGUGCUCGAACAUCAAGCCGUUUGCGUGGGCGGCAAGCUCUACCUUCAGAGACCUCGGCCUCGCAAACCAGUUGACGUAUGGCAUUGGCGCCGCCCUUGUUGAAUAUGUCUCUGACGUGCUGGGCGUCGGGACUGCCACCAUCAAGCCUCAAAUCUUCGGAAUCGCUAUCCAAAGCAGGGACCUGGGCUACGGCAUUCUGGGCUUGUCACCUCCGCUUUUGGGCGGCACCCCGCCAUACUCAUACGUCCUCGACAGCAUGGUCCAACAAAAGCUCAUCGCAAGCCGAGCCUUCAGCUUGGAUCUGCAGGCUGCUGGUGAUAAAAGUGGCUCCAUCAUCUUUGGUGGUGUCGACACGAAGAAGUUCAUCGGCGCCCUGGCAAAGGUCCCCAUAGUGACUCGUCCCGCAACACCGACCGGCCUCGACGGCUACUGGGUCCAACUAACCGGCGUUGGCAUAACGACGCCGGAUGGCGUGUCACACACGUCGUCCAUCGCGCCCAACCCCGUGCUUCUCGACAGCGGAACCACGACCAUCACGCUGCCAGCCGCCGUGGUCGUCGCGGUGAGCCAGUUAUUUUCCGGGGCACAGUACGACCCGGGCAGUCGCACCUUUUUAGUGGACUGCGCCAACGCUGGCGCGCCCGGCACCGUCGAUUUCACCUUCGGCGGCAAGGUGAUUCGCGUGCCCUAUUCCGAACUGAUCUGGAAAGGCGGGGACCAGUGCUACCUCCUGAUCGCAGUUGACAAUCAGAACUUUCCCAUCCUGGGGACCCCGUUCCUGCGGUCCGCCUACGUUGUUUACGACCAGGACAACAACAAUAUCCAUCUGGCGCAGGCUGCCAACUGUGGCAGCAACGUCAUCGCCAUCGGCACCGGCACCGACGCCGUGCCGUCCUCGACAGGCGAGUGCACGGCACAGCCUUCGACAACC